AUGAAAGAAAAUAUUAAGUCGCUAAUUUUUAAUAAAACAUUUGCAUUUUUGCUUUUUAUUUGGAUGAGUUAUGAUAUAAAUAAUGUGAGGGGUAUCAUAUCGUUAGAUAAACAACAUGGCUAUAUUACUUUAAGAAGUAAUAGACUAUUAUUAGAUGACCCACUUGAUUUGGGAUCAAUUGAGUAUUUAAAUUUUGACGAUAGUAACGCUACAUUACAGGACGAAGAUAAAUAUAAAAAUAACUGUAGAACUAAAUCCGAAAUAGGAGAAUCAAGGGAAAGCUUUUUAAGUAUGGAAGAAUUGUAUAAAUUAGAUAGUGAAAAAAGGUCCUCAUUACUUAGUAGAAUAGAUAGGUUUUGUGAAAAAAAUAUCUUUAAUCAGUUAGAUUCCAUACAUAAAAUUAAGGAUAAUAAGUUUAUUAAUGAAAUGACUAAAAACAAAAAGAUAUAUAAAAAGGUGGCUUUAGCAGUUAUUCCACCUUAUUCAGUUAUAGGUGCAGGAUUAAUAAUAGUUACAGUAUUAAGUUAUGUAUUUUGUAAUACCUUAUUGAAGAAUGUAGGAUCAAUUGCAUUUCAAAUUGUAACUGUAGCUUUGAUAGCAUGUAUGCCAUUCUUAUUUAUAAUGUGUAUUGUUUAUAUUUUCAGAAAAUUUAUGAAAUAUGAAAAAAUAUAUGAAAAUAAACCAAAACUUUCUCAAAAUGUAUUAAAUUUUUUGUUUGGAAAAACUUUUAAUAAGACAUAA